GUUCAACGAAAGAAAUGAGGAACGGAUCGGUAAUGCUCUUCAAAUUUCCCUAUAAAAAUUCACUCUGCUGCAAAGCUUCAAAGAGUCGCUCCGUUUUGAUAUUCAGAAUUCAUAAAUUGUUUCGUUUGGUUGUGCUUUCGAUUGUCUUCAUUCUUACAGCCCAGAAAAAAGAUGUUGGAGAAGAUCGGGUUGCAGGGAGGAAACAAUUGGGUGGUCGAUGGCACACAUUGUCAAGGAUGUUCCUCUCAGUUCACCUUCAUCUAUCGCAAGCAUCACUGCCGCAGGUGUGGGGGCUUGUUUUGCAACGCUUGUACCCGGCAAAGAAUGGUGUUAUGUGGACAUGGUGAUUCACCAGUUCGUAUUUGUGAACCCUGCAAAAAACUCGAAGAGGCAGCACGUUUUGAAAUGCGACAUGGACAUGAGAACAAAACUAGGAGAGGUGGUUCAAAACUGACAUCUAGACAUGAGGAUGAAGUUGUAAACCAGAUUCUGGGUAAUGAGAAUAAGGAAUUGGUUUCUUCAGGAGAGUGUUCCACGGCUAACAUGGUUUCCACACUCAAAAGGGAUAGAAAUAGUGCAUCAUUUUCAAACAUUCAAGAAGUGGCCACUCACGUUGAGGGAGAUGAAAUACCUAGAAGUAUUUCUGUUGUGCAGCCUAAUCAGGUGCUGGGUGAGAGGGAAUCUGCUAGCCCUGAAGAAUUGCGUCAGCAAGCUCUGGAUGAAAAGAAGAGGUAUAAAAUUCUAAAAGCAGGAGGAAAAUCUGAAGAGGCUUUAAAAGCUUUUAAAAGGGGAAAAGAGCUUGAGCGGCAGGCUGGGGAUUUGGAAUUAUUAUUAAGAAAAAAUCCUAAAAAAGCUUUGUCUUCAAGCAACAUAACAGAGAUCCAGAAAACCAAUGUUGACAGUACAUACUCUGGAAGAACAAACAAACUCUCUUCUGCAAACGGAAAAGAAAAAGUUGACCUGGCUGCUGAACUCAGAGAACUUGGAUGGUCUGAUAUGGAUCUUCGUGGUGCAGAUAAGAAACCAGCAAGCAUAAGUUUAGAGGGUGAACUUUCUAAUCUUCUUGGAGAAAUCUCACCAAAAACUAAUACAGACAAGGGAAGUCGUGGCAUUGACAAGACCCAAGUCAUUGCACAUAAGAAAAAGGCUCUGACAUUGAAGCGUGAAGGGAAACUUGCUGAAGCAAAGGAAGAGCUAAAGAGAGCCAAAGUUCUUGAAAAGCAAUUUGAGGAACAAGAAUUCUUGGCUGAUGCUGAAGAUUCUGAUGAUGAACUCUCUGCUUUGAUCCAUGCUAUUGACGGUGAUAAGCAAGAUAGCCUGUUGGUUGCCUAUGAGCCAGAUGCCAAUUUUGAUUUUGAUAAUCUGAUAGGCAUCACAGAUGAUCUUGGUGUUGACAUCAAUUUUGAAGUGACUGACAAAGAUGUGGAUGACCCAGAAAUUGCUACUGCUUUAAAAUCAUUAGGUUGGACUGACGAAGUAGUUGAAAAGGAUGUCAACAACUAUGUUACUCAAGUAACUAACUCAAAGGCACACAAUUCCGCAAUAGUUGAGAAGGGCUCAAUUGUUCAAUCUGCCGAAAACCCAUCAAAGCCAAAGGAGGCCGAUGUCAGAAAUGUUGAUGGAAUGGACAAAGCAGACUCUAAAUUGGCACCAAAGAGUAGACUAAUGGUUCAGAAAGAGCUUCUGGGCCUGAAAAAGAGAGCUCUAGCUUUGAGAAGGGAAGGUAAAUUGGAUGAGGCAGAUGAAGAAUUGAAAAAAGGGAAGGUUCUUGAGCAACAGUUGGAAGAGAUGGAUAAUGCCUCAAAAGUGAAGGCGACACAGGUCAAUGUGAGUAAUAAGCAAUCUGAUAAUUUAGCAAUUCCAGAUCUCAGAGAUGAUGGAGAUGGGGACGUGACAGAGCAGGACAUGCAUGACCUGACAUAUCUUUCACUUUUAAGGAACUUGGGGUGGAAAGACGAAGAUGACAAAAAUGUUAAAUUUCCAUCCAAACCUUCUAAACAAAAUGACAAUCUUUCUGAGCAGAUCAGCGAUUCUUCUGUUAGUGGAGCUGCUAAUUCUAUUCCGAUGGGUGUGUCUAGAAGCAGUAAAGGUGAAAUCCGGAGGGAACUUUUAGGCUUGAAAAGAAAGGCACUCGCCUUCAGACGCCAAGGGGAGAUUGAGGAGGCAGAGGAAGUGCUGAAAAUGGCGCAAGUAUUGGAGGCCCAAUUGGCAGAGAUGGAAGUGCCAAAAAAAGAAAUGCGAGCUGAAACCAAUAAGCAUGUGGAAAAUGAGUUCAUUAGUAAUUUUGUACAUCCUGAUCAUCUAGUCAUUGAAGAUCUUGGAACCAAUGACCACAUUGAACAUGAAAAAAUAGAUGCAACAGUUCAUAAAAACAAGAAGCCACAUAUUGAUGAAUCUGAUUUAGUUUUGGCAACUGUUUCUCGCAAUGACCAAAGUUCUGUCCGGCAAGAAAUCUUGGCUGUCAAAAGGAAGGCUGUUGCUUUGAAGAGAGAGGGGAAAUUGGCAGAAGCUAGGGAGGAACUUCGACAAGCAAAGCUUUUAGAGAACAAUUCUGACCCUGGUACUAGUUCUAGUGAUGUUUCAAAUUCUACUUCACUUGUCCCUUCUAAUGUACAAAAAGAGCACAGCCCGUCAAAUUUGACUCUGAAACCACACUUGGGUCGAGAUCGUUUCAAGCUGCAACAGGAGUCCCUCGGCCACAAACGGCUUGCAUUGAAACUCCGAAGGGAAGGUCGAAUUGAAGAAUCAGAGGCUGAGUUCCAAUUGGCAAAGGCUCUUGAAGCCCAGUUGGAUGAUUCUGCAAAACCUUCUGUCAGUGGAGCAAAGCCAGCUGACGAUGUUGGCGUGGAGGAUUUUCUUGAUCCCCAACUUUUGUUUGCUUUGAAAGAAAUAGGAUUUGAAGAUGAUAGUACUGUAUUGAAAGGCCCUGAGAAACCGGAGCCAAUAAAGUCUGUCGUCGAUAAGGGUGAAAACUCUAGCCGGGAAAGAAUCCGACUGGAGGCACAGAUUAAGGCAGAGAAAGUAGAGGCGAUAAACUUGAAACGGGCAGGAAAGCAAGCCGAGGCACUCGAUGCUCUUCGCUGUGCCAAAGUUCUUGAAAAGAAGCUAAGUUCUUUAGCUUCAUAGACACAUUUAACAUUUCUUUGCAAAAUUUGGAAUUAGAAGAUUAUGAAAGCAUGGAGAACUUAUACUACUUUCCAGAGUUUGUACAUUAAUUUGAAACCUUUGUAAUUAUAAUUGUUGCACAUUUUUCUAUAUGAAUAAAAAAAAUUUGUGGUUUGUCAUUA